CACAGUAUUCUCUCUGCUCUCUCUCUCUUUCAUUGUCAUAUCUUCUGAUCCAACUCCAUCACAAUAGGAAUUGAAUUCCCUCUUCUCCCAUAAUCAUCAUUUUCAAACACACUACUUGCUCCUUUCUCUAUCUCUUUAUCUAUCUAUCUCCAUUUCUGAUAUAACAAAAUGUCCAUAAACCAGCAGCAGCUAUGGUGGACCCAGCACCAGCAGCAAAAUCUCAUUCACCCCCAGUUUCACAACCCACUUUCUUCUUCUCCUUCUCCUUCUCCUUCUUCUUCCUCCACUCACCGGCGCGAAGACGGAGAAUUAGACCAAGAAGAACAGGACUACUCCAUCACCAGGUCAAGGAAUAAAGAAGAUGAAGAGCCAGCAGAGGAAGAGAUGGAAGGAAUGUUCGAGAAGCCAUUGACACCGAGUGAUGUUGGGAAGCUGAACCGCCUCGUCAUCCCAAAGCAGCACGCGGAGAAGCACUUCCCUCUUGACUCGGCGGAGAGCAAGGGGAUGUUGCUGAGUUUCGAGGACGAGUCAGGGAAGUUGUGGCGAUUCCGUUACUCCUACUGGAACAGCAGCCAGAGCUAUGUCUUGACAAAAGGAUGGAGCCGUUACGUCAAGGACAAACGCCUCGACGCCGGCGACGUCGUUUUGUUCCACAGACACCGCGCUCACCCUCACCGCUUCUUCAUCACCUGCCGGCGGAGAAACGCCCAACCAGCACCCAAUGCCGCCGCUGCCUUCUAUCCUCCGGCUCCUCACCCCUUCACAUACCACCCUCAUCUUCAUACAGGUGGAGGGUCCCAAGGUCAGAAUCAUAAGGAGGAGAGCGCACCGGGAGGAAACAGUUCCGGUUCAAAGGUGCUGAGGCUAUUUGGGGUGAACAUGGAAUGCCAACUACCUGAUUCCCAAACACAACAAUUCUACCACCACCAUCAUCAACAACCCUCUUCUUAUUCUUCUCCCAAUAACACUCACCAUCACAUGCUACGUCAACAACCAUAUUAGCAGCAGCUUCUAAGAACCUCCCACUUCUCCUAACUAGAUUCCCUUUUUUUAAUCCCAAUCCCAAGCUUCAGGUUAAGGUGGUAUCUCCUUAAUUAAUUGUAAUCAAUGACCUUGUCAUUAACAUGAAAAGAUCAACUGUUUUUUUUAAUUAUUUUAAGUAUAAUUAGUUUAAGUUCGUGUUCAAGAUUGUAGAGGAUCUUUCUUGUCUUAAAUUCAGGGAGAUGCAUGUAGGUGCAAAUAAAUUGUUUAUUUGUUUUGUGA